GUUCUCUCUUCCUUUCUUCCGCACCCCAUCCCUCUUUCUUUCUCUCCUCCUCUCUCCCCGUCUCAAAGUUCCUCGAGAAAGCAUGGAUCCACACGCAGGAACAGGUCGUGUCGUCCUCCCGACCAACGUCAGGCCAACCCACUACGACCUCACGCUGACCCCAGACCUCAGCAACUUCACGUUCCAUGGUCAGGUCCUUAUCAACCUCGAUAUCAACAAGCCAACAACCGCCAUCACCCUCAAUAGCAACCAACUUGAGAUCCUCUCCGCCAAGCUGACCAACCUGGCUCUCAAGACCGAGUCCAGCCAAAAUGCUACCGAUAUUACUCUCGAAAAAGCCAAUGAAACGGCUACGUUCACGUUUGUGGACGAGCUUCAGCCGGGAUCAACAGCCGUGCUGCAUAUCGCCUUCAAGGGUGUUCUGAACGACAAUAUGAACGGUUUCUACCGCAGCUCCUUCAAGGACGAGGAUGGAAAGACCCAUUACAUCGCUACUACGCAGUUUGAGGCCACAGACGCUCGCAAGGCAUUCCCAUGCUGGGAUGAGCCCGCCAUCAAGGCUACCUUUGAUAUCACUUUGCGCGUUCCCUCUGACCUGGUAGCGCUUUCCAACAUGAAUGUUAUUUCUGAGAAAGAGGUCGGCCACAGUGGAAAGGUGAAGGGCGAUUCCACCAAGGGGCCAGAUGCAGUACCAUCAACUCAAAAGGGUGACGUCCCUUCCACUCAGAAAGGCGAUGUUCCCUCGACUCAAAAGGGUGAUGUUCCCUCGACUCAGAAGGGUGAUGUUCCCUCGACUCAAAAGGGCGACGUCCCGUCAGCGCAAAAGGGUGACUCUGUCUUUGGAAAGCCUCUCAAGGAGGUCAAGUUUGCAACAACGCCUAUUAUGAGCACAUACCUGGUCGCCUUCAUCGUCGGCAAGUUCGAGUACAUCGAGACCGUCACCAAGAACUUGCCAACGCCCAUCACCUGCCGUGUCUAUGUUUUACCAGGAAAGACCGAGGAGGCCAAGUUUGCCCUCUCCGUGACCCCUCUCGCGUUAGAGUACUUUACCGAGUUGUUCGGUGUUGCAUACCCACUUCCCAAGAUGGAUCUCAUCACUAUCCCCGAUUUUGAAUCCGGUGCCAUGGAGAACUGGGGAUUGGUCACUUAUCGAUCCAUCCGCCUGCUGUUCAACGAAAAAACAAGCGAUCUCAGCUACAAGCGUCAUAUCGCUUACACGAUCUGCCACGAGAUCGCCCAUCAAUGGUUCGGUAACUUGGUCACCAUGGACUGGUGGGACUAUCUCUGGUUGAACGAAGGAUUUGCCACCUGGGUUGGCAAUUUGGCCGUUUCAAAGUUCUUCCCAGAAUGGGACAACUGGUCUUAUUUUAUUGCGGAUGGAUUCCAGAUGGGUUUGGCGCUUGAUGGGCUCCGGAGUAGUCACCCUAUCGAGGUCCCUUGCAAGCACCCUCACGAAAUUCACCAGAUCUUUGACGCAAUCAGCUACUACAAGGGCGCAUCCUGUAUUCGCAUGUUGAGUUCUUGGCUGGGCUUGGAGGUGUUCUUGAAGGGUAUUCGUAUUUACAUAAAGAAGCACGCUUACAAGAACACCAGCACCGAGGAUCUCUGGGCUGCAUUGAGCGAGGCUUCUGGAGUCGAUGUUGGCCAGUUCAUGAACACAUGGAUCAAGCAAGUCGGUUAUCCUGUGGUUGAUGUUGAGGAAAAUGCCGACGCCAGCACCCUGUCGUUCAAGCAGUCCCGCUAUCUCUCUUCAGGAGAUCUCAGUGCUUCAGAGGAUACUGCUCGCUGGACCAUUCCCCUGGGCAUCGAGCCUCCACCAGCUGACAACAGCGACAAGGCUCAGCUGUUGUCUGGAGACUCACUGACUGUCAAGCUUGAGAAGGGCGGUCACUAUAAGGUCAACUCCGACUAUACUGGCUUCUUCCGCACGGCUUAUCCUGCUUCGGCUCUUGAGCGCAUCAGCCAAUCGAUCAAGACGAAGGAUCCCUUGUUCACCCCUGGCGAUCGUGUCGGCUUGUUGGCAGAUUUGGGCGCUCUGAGCAAGAGCGGUCACGUCAAGACCAGCUCGCUCCUGGAACUCUUAGCGGCGUUCGAGGAAGAGGACCACUACGUGGUGUGGGUCGCGAUCGCAGAACGCGUUAACGUCCUAUCCUCGGUGUUCUAUCAGCAGCCCGAAGAUUUCCAAAAGGCUCUUGAAAAGUUUCAGCGCAAGCUGUUCUCCAAGGCCGCCGCCAACCUCGGAUGGGAGAGCAAGGCCUCGGAUGAUUAUCGCUCGACUCUGCUCCGCAAGCUUUUGUUGACUAACGCAGGAUGCGCUGGCGACGAGGCUGUGGUGAAGGAGGCGCAGGAACGAUUUGUGUCAUACGUUGCAGGUGAUUCCAAGGCGCUGAACCAGAAUCUGCAGAGUGCCGCCUUUGAGAUUGUAGUCCUUCAUGGCGACGAGUCCGACUUUGAGAAGGUGCUGAAGUGUUGGCGCGAUGCCACUGCGACCGAUCAAAAGCUGGCUGCUAUCGGUGCUAUGACAGUUGUUCGUCAUCCCACAAUGAUUCAGCAGCUACUUGAACUCUCGGUCUCGGACGAGGUCAAGGCGCAGGACAUCGGCUACUUCUUUGGAGGACUGUCCCGCAACCCUAAAGCUCGCCACGUCCUGUGGGACUAUAUCAAGGCCAACUGGGAGAUGCUAAACAAGAGAUAUGUGGGGUCAAUGGCACUCCUAGGUAACAUUGUCAAGAGUGGAGUGGGCAGAUUCACAAGUGAAGACAUGGCCAAGGACUGCGAAGCGUUCUUCGAGGACAAGAAGGUGGAUGAUAUCUCGCGCCCGAUUGCUCAGAGCUUGGAGGUGGUCCGGUCUAACGCCAAGUGGGUUGCUCGGGACGCAGAGGAUGUGCGACAGUGGCUUGUGUCUAAAGGCUAUUUGGCAUAGGUGCAACCAGGCAGGAUUUCAGGGGUACCAUUGACAAGUACAACCUUCACUCGUUUGGUAUUUUUAUCUUUUACUCCACAUGCAAUAAACACUUAUUUUAUACAAACAGGGUUCGAUGGUGGG